AUGAAUGUGCUCGUUUCCGGUGGGUCCGGAUACCUCGGACAGUUUCUCAUCGAACGUCUCCUGACUUUGAACAAGGAAAUCAACGCGGUACACUACACGUGUUCGUCGGAAAGCUCAAAACUCCCGGAAAGUGUUCACGAACAACACAAGCGAAGGUUAGUUUGUCACGUGUGUGACUUUGAAACUGGUGCAGGCGUGGAAGAGUGCGUCGAGAAAGCGUCCAAGGGUGAGUAUCUCGAAGGCAACAAAAACUUGAAACUGGUCGUCAACUGCACCGCGCUUUCGCAACCGAAACAAUGCGAAGAAAACGAAGAAAAAGCGCGUAAAAUAAACGCCCCGACACACUUAUGUGAAGCUCUUAUGAGAAAAUACGGGAAGGGAAGCGAAGAGAGAGUUCCUUUACUCGUCCACAUGAGUACGGAUCAGGUGUUCUGCGGUUCGUACUCCAACACCAGAGAAGACGACGCGCGCGAAAAGGCGUUUGAGCCGAUAAAUGCAUAUGGUCGUUCGAAAAAGUACGCAGAAUCGUAUUUACUCGAAAACUACGAUAAGAACGCGCUCGUCAUAUUACGUAGUUCAGUCAUCACGGGACCACAGCCGCCGUAUCGACGCGUCGACAGGCCGUUGUUUUUAGAUUUUAUCGCAAAAACGUGCCCUCCAAACACGCGCGGUCAAAGUGCAGAAGGAGAAGAGAAGGAAGAAGUUAAAGAUGAAAACGCGGUGGAGUUUUGGACAGAUGAAUUUAGAAAUCCAGUAUCGCGAAUUGAUUUGACCGAGGCUAUCGUGUACUGUUUUGAAAUUUUCGUAGGUUUACGACGUAAACGCGAUGUUUCCGCGUUUUUGUUCGAGGAAGGAGGUGGGUCGUCAGAUAGCACUCCCAUUUAUCACGCGGGCGGACCGGAGCGCUUGAGCCGUUACGACAUGGUCACCAUAUUUUGCAACACCAUGAGAGCGAGCAAAAAGCGCGCGAAACCUGCAGAGAAAAGUAAAACCACGUCUUCUAGCGCUGCUGCCGUGGUUAAAACUCCUGCUGAUAUUAGCAUGGACAGCACAAAAUUUAUGACAGUUUUACGCAACGGCGUUCAGUUGAAAUCGUUCCAAGAACAGGUUUUAGAUUCGACGACGGUGUAUUUGAGCGCAGUUCUUGGAAAGACUCGAUAA